GGGAUAGAAUACCUCUUAUUGCCUCUUUCCUUGUCGCACGGGCUCAACAGCACCGCCUUUUCUGCUCUUAUCGUAUCAUAUCCUUCUAGACCGAUUCGCCUUGACGAGGUCGAGCCCAGCGGUGUUUACCCUCGAUGUGUCGUCCCCAGCCUUCCAGUCUGCGAUAGCCCGCUCCCGUGUAUGUGUGUGUGCUCAACCAUGGAUGCUGUCGGCGGAAUCCCGCCAUUGCAACCAUGGAUGCGAUUUGGAUCUCCAGGAGAAGGGAGCAUGGACCUGAAAUAUGAGGCUGAGAUAGCCCGGUCGAAAUGUGCGGGGAACAGUCUUGCAGUCAAGAUGAGAGACUAUCUAGAGGCGAUACUGGCCGUGGAGGUAGAACUUCACAUGCCGGAUCGGUUAGACCUCGGGAUCCCACCACCACCCUACGAAGAUGCAAUCGCCGACCUACCCCCCGCGUACUCGCCGCUUGCGCGCGCAAAGGACCUAUGCGAUGAAUCAGCGCCGGAAAGAACGGACACGCAGACGAAGCGGAUCGUUGACUUUGACGGCCCGAGCGGUAUCCGAGAGCAUAAGGGCAAGAAGAAGAAAGGCAAAGGCGGAGGUGGAGGUGGAGGCGGAGGAAACAAGAACGGUGGCGGGAACAACAACGCGGCAGGCUCGGACAACGAAGGAGAGAAAGAAUCACCUCCACCGGAUGAAGGUCAGAAUGGCGGGGAUGCACCCAACGACGCAGGAGACGGUAACAAUAACGACGACACGGUGAAGACUGGAAUGACUUUUCGAACUCGACCGGCAAGAAGAAGAAGGAGAAGAAGAAGAAACAAGCCGAAGAGGAGGAGGAGCGAAAGCGCAAGGAAGAGGAGGAGCGGUUAGCCAAAGAAGAGGAGGAACGGAUAGCUAAGGAAGAAGAAGAUCGAAAAGCCAAAGAAGAGGAGGAACGGAUAGCUAGGGAAGAAGAAGAGCGAAAAGCCAAGGAAGAAGAGGAACGGAUAGCUAAGGAAGAAGAAGAGCGAAAAGCCGCCGAAGCAGCGGCCGCGAAGAACAAUCUCAGCUGGGCCGAUGAACCUGAGGACAACAGCUGGGGCGGCUUUACGGUGACCAACAAAAAGAAGAAGAAGAAGGGAAAGGC